AUGUGUUCGGCAUUUUCAGCAGAACAUGCGCUGUCUGCAGGGGGUGGGAGUUUCAGUUCCUCUCACGUGAGAGGUCAACGCUGCGUGUUCACCUGCAAGCGGCCACUCACGUGCUGCGCGCACGGCUUCAAGAGGAUGGGCGACGAGGGCCCCCAAGCAAAGAGCGGCUUGUUGCAUUGCAGCGUGGGCCGCAGCGGAUGCUUAGCGAGGCGGGGGAGCAGCUUCGUGCGUACCUCGCCACCGCCUCACUGGCCGAGCGAGUGCGUCACGGCAGGACUCGUGAAGUUGAGGGGCGGAGGGCCGCAGGUGCGGAUGCUACAAGGGCGCGUGCAGGAGGGUGAGCAGGAGGAACACCAGCAACGGGCUCCCUUUGAAGAGCAAAGGGCGAGUGACCGUGAAAGCGCCGAACGCACGGCGACGCUUUUUUAG